CCUCCGCGCACUCCCACCCCAACAUCUCCCACCCCGACAUCACCCGCCUCAUCACCUCGACAUACUUCGCCAACUCACACUCCAUCAUCGACCGCCUCACAAUCCUGCGACGACCGCGGCGAACCCGAAGUCGGUCGUUGCGCUCCGACUGGGCUCCUCGACGAUCGCAGCUCUCCAUCCAUCACAAGCUCACCCAGCCCCUACAAAGAAGGAGACGACGACGGCCACGACGACGAAUCUCUCCUCUUACACAGCCCUGAACGAUCACUCUCACCACCCCGUCAUUUGGCGUCCCCAAAAUCAGCUCGGUCACCCUUCCGUUUCUGGCGAAUCAACGACUCGUCACUGGCGUUCGUCCGAAAGCCCGCCUCCACCGAGAACCCAUUUCAGCGUCCAUGGGAGAAGGACUAUUCCCAGUCGAAAGAGCAAAACGAGACGGACGAGGUGGACGAGAAGGAUGAGCAGAACGAGACGGACGAGGAGGACGACGACAACAUCGACGUGAUGCCCAAGAGACGUCGCAUUGAAGAGAUGUUGGGACUCCCACCCACCAAACAUGCGCGUACCUCGACGCCGAACAACACAUCCACGGGUGCGCCUAUUGAGAUAUCGACGGAAAGCAGUCCAGAACACAUCGACACCUUCCUCCGAGCAAUCGCACCGAAUGCCGUUGUUAUUCGAGAUCAACCCUCGCAGAUCAUUGCAUUGGGAGAACACAUCUCCACAUACGAGCAAAACAAUUCGUCAACAUACCGUGGCUGUGCUUUUCUCAGUUCGGAAGGCGAGCAUGUCCAGACGAUACUCGUGGUUUUUGAAUGGGACAAAGGUGGAGGCACGUACUCUUC